AUGGCCAGAUAUCAGAGUAGCAUUAGCAUCGGGAUCCUUGUGGUCCUGCUGAUCGAUCAGCUGGCCAACGCCCAGUUCGUGCCGGGCCCGAUCUCUGGCCCCAUUCCCCGCCAGCAGAGAUCGCUCUUUGGGCCCGGUCCGCCGCCCGGCUGGAGUAGCGGUGGCCUCAGCCACGGCUGGAACAGUCCCAGCUUCGAGUUCAGCCCGCUGCCGCCAUCCCACAGUCCGCAUGUGACCAAGGACGAGCUGCUGGCCCUGCUGGCCGCCUGGAAGGAUGUGGCCAAGCCGACGACUCCGGCACCGGAGCCAGAGCCCGAGGAGCCCGAACCCGAGCCGGAGACCACAACGCCUGCGCCGCCCGAGGAUGAGGACGAACCAGAGCCGGAGGCGCCAGCACCAGAGGCACCAGCUGGUCCACCACCGGGCGUACCCAUUACCGUCUCCCUGCCCGCCCUCGUGCCCAUUCAACUGGCGGCCAUGUGGCAACAGCCGGCGCCAGGAGCAGCGCCCGGCGGACUGGGUCCUCUGAAUUUGGGCGGCUUGGGUCUGGGCGGUGGCAUUGCCCUGAACAAUCUCGGCGGCGGUGCGGCUGCAGCCGGAGGAGCUGUAGCGGUCGGUGGCGGAGGAGCGGCGGCCGCCGGCGCUGCGGCAGCGGCACGAUCCGGACUGGCACGCCCCAGAGCUCGGGCCAGGAUCGGAGGACGUGCGUCCAAUGCCCAGCAGCCCGCCAUACGCUUCCCGGUGGCCAAUCCGCGCAGCUUCACCUCGAACAACUAUGUGGCGCCCAGGCCGCGCUACUAUCGCGACACGGAGCCCAUGCGCGUCAACGUGAUGGCACCUCCGCCCUACCAAAUGGCCAAUGUCCAGGGUCCCGUGCAACUGGUGCCCGCCUACUGGCAAUAG